AUGGAUCCCUUGUUUUGGCCAUCAGAAGCUAACAGGUUUCGACGAUUCACCCCUGAGUCCUUGGCAGCAAUCGAGGAAAGGAUUGCCAACAAAAAAAAGGAGCAAGACAAAGUUAAAGAGAAGACUAAGGAGACUAAAGAACAAGGAGUUGAAGAAGAUAAACUUACUCCUCAACUUGACCUGAAAAUCUGCAAAACGUUGCCAUCUCUGUAUGGGGACAUUCCUGCAGAGCUGGUUGGGGAACCCCUGGAGGAUUUUGAUCCAUACUACAGUGAUCACAAGACUUUUAUGGUGUUAAAUAAAAGGAGGACCAUUUUCCGAUUUUCUGCCACACCUGCCUUGUUUAUAUUUGGUCCUUUUAAUCCAGUCAGAAGAAAGGCAAUUAAAAUUCUGAUCCAUUCAGUUUUUCUUGGCAUUAUUACAUUUACUGUGUUAGUCAAUUGUAUGACUAUGACUAUCCCUCACCUUGUAGAAACCAACUGGACUGAACAUGUUUUUACUGCUGUCUAUACCACUGAAAUAUUGAUUAAAGUAGUAGCAAGAGGAUUUGUUUGGAAUGAAUUUACUUUUCUUCGAGAUCCAUGGAACUGCUUGGAUUUUUCUAUUAUUAUUGUAAUGUACCUGGCUGCAUCUCAUAGUGUUGGCAAUGUUUCAGUUCUUCGAACUUUCAGAGUACUGAGGACUUUGAAAGCUAUUUCAGUAAUACCAGGUCUGAAAGUCAUUGUAAAUUCACUUGUUGAGUCUGUUAGGAAGCUCUUGGAUGUGCUGAUCCUGACUGUAUUUUGCUUGAGUAUAUUUGCACUAAUAGGCCUUCAGCUCUUUAUGGGCAAUUUAAAAUCCAAAUGUAUCCUCGAUAAAACUCUGUACAAUGACUCAUUAUGCAAGGAGGCCAAGAUAUAUGUACCAAGUGAUGCAGGUAAAUGUUUUUCUUUUCUGUCUUUACAUAAUCUGUAGCAAUGCUUCAGAUUGAAAGACACUUCUGAAAUAUUGCUGUGUGAGUACACUGGAGGUAACAAAAGUGGGUGUCCAGAGAACUACACCUGUGAGAGGAUUGGGAAAAAUCCUGACUUUGGUUAUACAAGUUUUGACCACUUUGGCUGGGCCUUCCUCUCUGUGUUCCGGCUGAUGACCCAGGACAACUGGGAGCGUCUCUAUAGACAAACCAUCCGUACCUCUGGAGUGUCCUGCAUCUUUUUUUUUAUGGCAGUCAUCUUCUUCUGCUCAUUUUAUCUCUUCAACCUGAUCUUGGCUGUGGUAACCAUGGCAUAUGAAGAGGAAAACAGAGCAACCCGUGCUGAAACAGAGGCAAAAGAAAAAAUGCUUCAGGAUGCCAGACAAAUUAUAGAGAAGGAACAGAUGUUGGCUGUGGAAGAAAGCAGUAAGGCCUUGCAUGCUGCAUCUGAAAUGCCAGUUGCUGACUUGAAAAAUUCAGAAGGAAAAGAGAGUAAUAAAGAAACACCUACUUCAAGGCAAAACUUAAUUUCAAAUGACCAGGAAAAUGAGGAGCAAAUAUUUCGUUCACAGCCUGAUCGCUGCCACAAGAAGCUUAGGCAGAUCCUGCUGGACUAUGAGGUCUCAAUGGAUGCUAUCAAUGAUCCUGUCCGAAGACAGAGGUUAAUGAGUGCAGCCACAAUUCUUACAGAUAAUUCAAAGUCAAAACUGAACUGUCCUACAUUUUGGAAAAAUUUCCCUCAAAAGUAUCUAAUUUGGAAUUGUUGUCCAUUCUGGAGAGCAGUCAAAGAGAAGAUGAAAUUGGUAAUUUUUAAUCCAUUUGCUGAUCUCUUCAUUGUGGUUUGCAUUAUCUUGAAUACCUUGUUCCUGGCUAUGGAGCACCCUGGCAUGAAAGAUGAAAACCAAAAACUGAUUACUCUGAGUGACAAGAUCUUCACCCUGAUUUUUACUGCAGAAAUGAUCUUGAAAAUCAUUGCUCUAGAUCCUUACUACUAUUUCCAGGAAAAGUGGAAUGUUUUUGAUAGCUUGGUUGUUUUGAUUGGCCUAGCAAGCUUUGGAACAAAACUGUCACCUUUCAGGCUGCUCAGGAUCUUCAAAUUGGCAAAGUCCUGGCCAGCCUUAAACACUCUUAUGAAAAUAAUUCUACACUCAUUUGGUGCACUGAGUAACCUCACUCUGGUUUUGGCAAUCACUAUAUUUAUUUUUGCUAUAGUAGGAAUUCAGAUUUUGAGCAGUGAUUAUAGCAAAAAUGCCUGUAAUAUAAGCUCCAAUUGCAAAUUACGCUGGCAUAUGAAGGAUUUUAGUCAUUCAAUCCUCAUUAUAUUCCGAAUAUUAUGUGGAGAAUGGAUUGAAACUAUGUGGGAAUGCAUGGAAGUGGCUGGAAAAAGGAAAUGUGUCACCAUUUUCUUGCUCGUCCUGGUGCUAGGAAACCUGGUGGUGCUCAACCUGUUCAUUGCUUUGCUGCUGAGUUCAUUCAACAUUGAUGGCCCAGAGGCACAAGAGGAGCCUGGAGAAGGGACUAAAUAUCAGAUUGCCAUUGCACAGAUUCACAAGACCCUGAAGGCUGUGAAGGACAGAAUCUGGGAUCACUGCUGCAGGAGAAUGAGGGGAAGCCUCAGAAGAGCAAACAAAAAGAAGACUUUGGCAGAAAUUUCUGGGAAGGGCAUAGAGGUUACUAAUUGUCCCAUGACAGAUGUCAGGAAAUACAUAGACCACAGCUCCUUUGAUAUAGAGUGUGGCCAUAUGGAAGAGAGUUCCUCACUAGCAAGGAAAUAUGAAGAAAUUUUGAUCAGCCCCAGUACCUGUGUUCCCAUUACAGAAGCAGAGGCUUACCCCAAGGAAGGGGAUGAGGGGCGCAUUUUGCACACAGCUGUAGAAUACAGGAAACAGAAAUAUCAUUCUGUUCGCAGCUUUUCUGAAGCCAGCACUGUGGAUCCAGUUGUUCUUCUGGAGAUGUUUUCCCAUACUAAAGACUCCCAGCUGCCCAAGGACUGCUUUGUAGAGAGUUGUGUUGAGUGUUCCCCAUGUUGUGUAGUGGACACCACCAAGUUUCCAGGCAGAACUUGGUGGAACUUUAGAAAAACCUGCUACAAAAUCGUGAACCACAGCGGGUUUGAAUAUUUUAUGGUUUUUAUGAUUGUGUUGAGCAGCGCAGCACUGGCAUUUGAAGAUGUUCACCUGCAGAAAAACAAAAAAGUGAAAAUAAUCCUAGAUUAUGCUGAUAUCAUAUUUACCUACACCUUUUUUACGGAGAUGCUUCUGAAAUGGGUGGCUUUUGGUCUGCACAGUUAUUUCACAAAUUCUUGGUGUUUGCUUGACUUCAUCAUUGUGUGUGUAAGUAUUAUACUCAGCUUCCUGAAAUCUCUCAGGACUUUCAGAGCACUGCGGCCUCUACGAGCUUUGUCAAGAUUUGAAGGGAUUAAGGUUGUUGUGAAUGCACUCUUUGGAGCCAUCCCCUCCAUCUUCAACGUUCUGCUUGUCUGCGUUGUCUUUUGGCUCCUCUUUAACGUUCUAGGAGUCAAAUGGCUUGGAAGCAGAUUUUGGAAAUGCACUCACAAAGUAGAAAGUACUGAUCACAUUUAUGGCAAAAAUGAUUGUCUUGCCUUGAAUUGGACAUGGACAAAUGCUGUUGUAAAUUUUGACAAUGUUGGCAUGGGUUACUUGGCUCUUCUCCAAGUGGCAACUUUUAAAGGUUGGAUGGAUAUUAUGUACGCAGCAGUGGAUUCACGUGAGAUUGGUCAACAGCCACAGUUUGAAGCACGCUUACACAUGUAUGCAUUCUUUGUGGUUUUCAUUAUUUUUGGAUCUUUCUUCAUGCUGAACCUUUUCAUUGGAGUGGUUAUCAGCAAUUUUAACCAGCAAAGGAAAAAGAUAAGUGGGAAAGAUCUAUUUUUGACUGAGGAACAGAAAAAGUACUAUAGUGCCCUAAAAAAACUUGGAUCCAAGAAACCCCAAAAACCCAUCCCAAGACCAGCGAAUGCAUUCCUAGGAUUGCUGUUUGACAUCGUAAAUCACAAAGCUUUUGAUGUCACCAUUGUGAUUUUCAUCUGUCUAAAUAUGAUUGUUAUGAUGGCAGAAAACACUGACAGACGCACCAAGGAGGUUCUUAAUAAAAUCAACUAUUUUUUUGUGGCUGUAUUCACUGCAGAAUGUGUCUUAAAAAUACUGGCCUUAAGGCACUACUACUUUGGAAGUGGCUGGAACGUGUUUGAUUUCAGUGUUGUGAUCCUUUCAAUAGUGAGUCUUGGAGUUUCUGAAGCGUUUCAAUCUUUCUUCUCCCCGACGGUUUUGAGAACUCUUCGUUUGGCGCGGGUCGGCCGAGUCCUCAGAAUAGUUCGCAAAGCCAGAGGGAUUCGAACUCUUCUUUUUGCACUGCUGAUGUCCCUUCCUGCCCUGGUCAACAUUGGCCUUUUGCUUUUCCUGAUCAUGUUCAUUUAUGCCAUCGUGGGCAUGGCAAACUUUGCCUGUCUCCCCGAGGAUGGUGGGAUUGAUGACAUUUUCAACUUCAAAACAUUUUGUGGUAGCAUUCUCUGCCUCUUCCAAAUUACCACAUCAGCUGGCUGGGAUAAUCUUCUGGCCCCUGUGCUAAGGGAAUCUGAUAAAUGUGCUCUCCAAUUAGAUGCAACAGGGACAAAGAAAAAUAAUUGUAUAAAUAAGGGCUUUGGUAUUUUAUAUUUUGUAAGCUAUGUCAUUAUAUCGUUCCUCAUUGUUGUGAAUAUGUACAUAGCAGUCAUUUUAGAGAACUUCAAUGUUGCCACUGAGGAGAGCACAGAUCCUCUUUGUGAGGAUGACUUUGAUAUGUUUUAUGAGACAUGGGCAAAGUUUGACCCUUUGGCUACGCAGUUUAUAGAUUAUUCUGCUCUCUCAGACUUUGCAGAUGCUCUGGCAGACCCCCUGCGCAUCCCAAAGCCCAACAAAAUCCAGCUCAUAGCCAUGGACAUCCCCAUAGUUAGUGGAGAUAAGAUCCACUGCUUGGAUAUCUUGCUGGCUUUCACCAAAAGGGUCUUGGGAGAAGCUGGAGAUAUAGAGGGUCUUGAAUUAAACAUGGAAGAAAAGAUUACAGCUGGCAAUCCAUCUAAAAGUUCUUACAGCCCAAUUUCUUCUACCCUUAAAAGAAAACAAGAGGAAGUGUCAGCUCUUGUUAUUCAAAAGGCCUUCAGGAGAUAUUUGAGACAACGUUCUCUUGAAAAUACAUCCUUAUACCAUUGUAAACAUAACAGUGCUGUCUUUGGACGAGAAAUACAGGACAAGCAAAGUCUUCUUGAAUCACUGCUUAAUGAAAACCAUGGGAGGAAGGCAGAUAAACUACGUCCUGCUUCUUCCAUAUCCCUCCCUUUAUUUUAUGAUGGCUUUGCUGAGACAGACAGCAAUAAGCUUGACACAUGA